AUGAACGACGAGGCUCGCUUGAGACAGCUUCGCGUACAGCAUGGCCAUGUGAACCUCGAGUCGGGUCAACACGCCUCGCGUUUGCCGGAGUACCACCACGAAUUGCAUCAUUCACAACUGUCGUAUGGAGGCCUUAACCAGAUCGCGUACCAGCACAACUCUGCGCCUUUGCCGAUGGUGCCCAUGGGGCCCAUCGGACCCAGCACUUUCACGCUAGGGCCCCACACAGCAGCCACCUUUGGCGUUGUGGGGCCUAUGUCACAGCAGCUGAUGAGCUCCCAGCAGCACCAGGGGGCCCCAAUGCUGGGCUCCUUGGAGGGCGCAGUCCACCCUCGCGGCCCAGCAGGUGCAGGGGUGGCUCCCGGACCCGGCAAGCGUGGUAGCCGGGGUGGAGAGUCUGGCCCCAGCUACACGCCCUCAGCCGCGGCCGUGGCCUUUGCUGAUACCGGCAAGCCAGCCAAACGGCAUCGCAGCAAGAACUGGGAGGAGCCCGAGCUCAAGCUUCUCGGGUGCCUCAUGUCAGACAUUUGGAAUACGUGCAACGCCACGCACGUCGCUUUCAGGCCCACCGGCAGGAAGAACCUGCAGAAGAAGGCAGCCGAGAUGCUGGACUGCGCCAGGACGGUGGCCAAGUACAUGCACAAGAAGGCGGGCUUCAACUCCCGCACCAUCUGGCAGCACGAGAAACGCGACAUAAUCAUCAAGAAACUUGAGCUCCCGCCCUGGUUCACGGAGACGGUGUGGAAGAGCAUCGAGGAGGUCGCCACUCGCUGGCCAAGGUCCAACCCGACCGCGCACUACCACAUCUUCGACGCGCAGGACAAGCGCAGCGCGGAGCUCGUGACCGGGGCACAGCAGGGCGCGGGCAUAGAGGGUGAGACGGACAGCGGCGAUGGCACGGAGGAGGAGGAGGGUGAAGGGGGUUACGAGGACAGGGGUGUGACCGACGAUGAAGCCGGGGAGGAUGGGGAUGUCGAGGAGGAGGAGGAGCGAGAGGGGGAAGAACCGGGGAAGGAGCAGGGGGGCAGCGAUGCCGACGAAUUUUUCGAACGCACGCUGGAUGAGGCAAUCGCGGAAAUGAGUGGGCAGGCGCGGGAGGGCCGGUGCAUGAAGGGGAAGGGCGGCAAGGGGGCCGGUGGCGUGAACGAGAGCAGGCCGCGGGCGGGGGCAGGAGCAGGUGGGGGCAGGGCUUCGAAAAUCGCGACGGAGGGGGCCGGCGGGAAGGGGAAAGAGGCGGGUGCGCGGGGUGGCGGAAAGGGGAAGGUGACGUGCGGGCGAGCGGGUGAUGCCGAGCCCUUUCCCAGCACCAAGCUCUCCGCCGGUAAGCGCACCGGCAAGGUGCGCGGGCCAAAGAUGGCGCCCGUGCAGUCCGCAAAGCACAGAUAUGCUUCGGUUGCUAAUUCCACAACAUCGCCUCUAUCUGGGCAGCCGGCCCUGAAGGUGCUGGUGCUUGGAGCACCUGCUAACAAUCACCAUACGAAACAUCUAGACACCCGGCUGCCAUGGGUAACCGCAGCCACAUCAUUCCCAUUAGCACGAGCGAGCUGUGGCCUCUGCGCACACGGGCCCCCCGCUCUCCCCACUUACCAGCCCCUCACGCUAUGUAAUCCAAGGAGGUCAGGGAGCGGCCGGGUCAGUUACAUGUAA